UCGAUUUCAGUACAUUUCAGUAUUUUGAGUUAAAAUGACCAAAUUAAAAUUAAAUUUACAAAUUAUUUUGAUAAUUGAAUUAAUUGUUCUAUUGUGCCUAGGGCAUGGUGUCAAUGCCAAUGGACAGGCAACAAAUAUUUCCGCGGACUACCAUAUAGAAACUGAGAGUAAGGGAAAUUGGUUUAAAGCCUUCAAUGGGUGUACCGCCAAACGUAUGAAUCUAGUCUCAUUGGAUACCAAAGAGAAGACUGAGGCCCUGACAACAGAAUUGAAAAAAGUAUUUGGCAAUGACCAUCCCAAUAUCUGGAUUGGUGGCAAUGACAAUAAGAAAAAUCGCGAAUUUAUUUGGAUGACUGCAAACAAGGCAUUCGGUUAUACCAAUUGGGCCCCUGGCCAACCGGAUAACAAGCAUGGAGUCGAGCAUUGUGUUAUGCUUUGGGAAAAUCACAAUUAUCGUUGGAAUGAUGGCAACUGUUUGGCCAAGUUGGCUUAUGUUUGUGAAAAGCGAAACUAGGUUAGAGAGUUAGUUAUACUAAAAACCUUAAAAGUAAGAAAAAAUAAAAUAAUAUUAAGCCUAUAGUAAAUACAGUGUGGUUCAUAUGAGCUCAGGCGGGGUAUUUUUUUUUUUUUGUACAUAUCUGUUAUUUCACUAAAAAUUUCCACAUAUAUUUUUGCCAACUCAAACGAUAUGGCAACCAUCAA